AUGGCGUCAGCAGCGACUCUAGUUCAGCCAACGGGGGAAAUGUGGAAGAAGAUCCGUGUAGAAUUAAACGAAGAUGUAAACACCAGAGAUCAGGAUCUCGCUGCUAUUAAGGAAUGGCUUAAAAAACAACCGCAUCUCCCUAAUGAAUGGGAUGAAGGUCGGAUUAUGACAUUUCUUCGAGGCUGCAGUUUUUCUUUGGAAAAAUGCAAAAGGAAACUGGAUAUGUAUUUCACAAUGAGAUCAGCUUGUCCCGAGUUUUUCACCGAUAGAGACGUUAGUAGACCGGAACUAGCAGAACUUAUUACUAAAGCACAAGGGGCUCCUUUGCCAGGAUUAACAGCAAACGGUCGCCGAGUGACAAUCUGUCGAGGCCUGGACAAGAACGUUGACCCUGAGCAACUAAAUAAUAUCUUCAAAAUUGCUUUAAUGAUUGGGGAUAUUCGACUUAAAGAGGAAUUAGAGGGAGUGGGUGGUGAUAUAUACAUUCUAGAUGCAUCUGUAGUCACUCCAAGUCAUCUAGCUAAAAUAUCCCCUUCUGCUAUCAAGAAAUUUUUAAUUUGUGUGCAGGCAACGUACCCAGUUAAGUUAAAGGAAGUGCACAUUGUUAAUACAUCUCCAGUAAUAGAAAGUAUUAUAAACUUCGUGAAACCAUUCCUGAAGGAUAAAAUUAAAAAUAGAAUCUUCAUACACUCAGAUAUGAACACGUUACACGAACACGUACCCAAAGAUAUGCUUCCACAAGAAUAUGGUGGCAAUGGAUGUUCUCUGGAUGAAGUAAAUGAAGGAUGGAUGAAAAAGCUAGCAGAUUAUACAGAGUGGUUUAAAGAACAAGAAGAUAUUAAAGCAAAUGAAUCCCUAAGACCGGGAAAACCAACCAAUUAUGAUGAAUUAUUUGGUAUAGAUGGCUCAUUUAGACAGCUAUCUAUUGAU